AUGAUUGUACGAGGUGAACCUUCAUCACCCCUUCUUAGUUCUUCAUUAAGUGACCACUUUUAUGAAAAACAGUUGGAAGGAUUUGUAAACGAUAUUCUGAGUUCUGAUAAUGGUGAUGAAGGAAAGGAUAAUUGCACCGCAGAAAUUGUCUCUGAAGAAAGUGGAAAAAGACAAGAAGGAGAAGAAAAAUCUUGCGGUGUUGAAGGGAAUUUCCAUGGUAACGAGCAUUUCCCUGUCAACAAAACCUCAGUUUCAAAUUGUGCUAGCUUUUCUAGCAAAAGUAGUACCAAAUCCUGUGGUAAAAAUAUUUCUGCUACACAGCCAGUCAAUUUCAAAAAUAAUGCUUGCAGUAAAUCUGUUUCUACAUCAAUAUUUUCAUCAGUAAUCACUUGUUCUGAUCAUUCUUCAAACUUCAAAUCGCUUCUUACAGCACCAAAUAUUUCUUCGCACAACAAUCUAAACCUUUUAACAGAUUUGUCCAAUCCAAGUACUGUAGUUAGAAGUAAUUUUUCUAAUCUUAUUUCACGCUUUGCAACGCUUUACACUUCAUCCAGAAAUUCCAUCAGUUCUCAUCGUCUUGAAAAUGACUCUGAAUUGAUCGUUGAAAACUCGUCUUCCUGCUCAUGCUUAGCUCACCAGCUACGUAAUUUCCAUCAGCAAAUCGCUUCAGAUAUCUUUGAUUCGCCAAGUGCAUCUAUACAGUCAAAGUUACCUCCCUGUGCACAUUCAACACCUAUAACAACUAAAUUUAUCUCACUUAUCACUGAUAUGGAUCAAGAUUGGAAUCAGUAUUGUGGGUGUGCAAUGGUUAGUUAUUUCGUUUUCUUCAACUCUUCCAAGACAAUUUCUGUACUAAUUAGUGUUAUGUGA